UAGAUGAUUUCCUAGCUAUUCCAGAAGAAGAAGUUGUUUGUGAAAUUCUUGAUAAAAACUCUCUAAUGGCCGAAAUUAUUGAAAUCUUUAAAGAAAAACCUGAAGAAUCUGAUAAUGAAGAUUCUGAUGAAGCGGAUGACAGUGUUGAAACAACAAUCAUAAGCACAAGCGAGGCACUAAAAAGCUUAAAA